AUGAUGUAUGAUACUGUACUUGCUAGAAGCUUUAGCAAGAAUGAGCAGAAGAAGUUGGGAUACUGGGCAUUGCUUGCCUGCAUGUUCAUUGCAUUGAGUUUCUUCACCAUCUUUAAGCCUUACUUGGGCCCUCUACCAGUUUUGAAUUUGAGGUUAUCAAUGGGAGAAGAUGAGAAACUCCAUCUUUUUAAUGAUACAGGCAAUCCUUUGCUGAUAGCCGAAGAAAAUGUUACACAGAAUAUGAAAGCCAAUGAUACAAGUAGCUCUUCACAAAUAAUCAAAGAAAUUGUAAGCGAGGAUAUUAUGUACAUGGCCAACAAUACAAACAGCUCUCUUCCGAAAGCAACAGAUGCAGAUGUUGUAAAAAAGAAUAACAGAAUGGAGCCUCUAUGCACUAUCAGGGAUAGAUCAGAUUUCUGUGAGAUAAAAGGGGACAUCAGGAUUGAUGGAAAUUCCUACAAUGUUUUUAUAGUCUCAUCCGAAACCGAUAUCCUGGCAGCAGAGAAUACUUCAUGGAGUAUUAGGCCUUAUGCGCGUAAAGGUGAUCAAACAGCAAUGGGUGCGGUUAGGGAAUGGACGGUAAAACUUGUGACCCGUGGCUCAGAUGUCCCUCAAUGCACUCAAAAUCAUAGUGUUCCAGCGAUCCUUUUUUCGGCUGGAGGAUAUGCAGGAAACCAUUUUCAUUCCUUCACUGACAUAAUUGUUCCACUGUUCUUGACUGCUCGACCCUACAAUGGAGAAGUACAGUUUCUUAUUACCAAUGGUUGGACUCCGUGGAUUGCAAAGUUCAAAACAAUACUGAAAGCACUGUCUAGAUAUCAGCUCAUCAGCAUUGAUAACAGACAAGAUAUACAUUGCUUCGAUAGCGUGACAGUCGGCCUUAAACGUCAAUCCCGUCAGGAGCUGAGUAUUGAUCCUUCGAACUCUCCAAAUUCUAUGAAGGACUUCAGGGAGUUUCUGAGAAAUUCCUAUUCUUUAAAGAAAACGAGGGCAAUUAAAAUCAGGGACGGUAUGAAGAAAAGGCCGAGGCUUCUAAUCAUUUCAAGAAAGAGAUCGCGAGCUUUUACAAAUGUUGGUGAAAUUGUCACCAUGGCUAAAAGAGUGGGAUACAGAGUAGUUGUUGCGGAACCUGACGCAGAUGUUUCAGGAUUUGCACAAAUUAUUAACUCCUGUGAUGUGGUGAUGGGAGUUCAUGGUGCUGGUCUAACCAACAUUGUUUUCCUUCCCGAAAAUGCAAUCUUAGUCCAAGUAAUUCCCUUUGGAGGAGCAGAAUGGCUGUCAAAAACAUACUUUGAAGAGCCUGCAAAGGGCAUGAACAUAAGGUACUUGGACUAUAAAAUCAGGGUAGAAGAGAGCACUUUGAUACGGCAAUACCCUGCCGACCAUGUAGUUUUGAGGGAUCCCUCGGCAUUUUGGAAAAAGGGUUGGUUAGCAUUUCAGUCAAUAUAUUUACAGAAGCAAAAUGUAACGCUAGAUGUGAAUAGGUUUAGACCCACUUUGGUAAAAGCAUUAGAGCUUUUGCAUCAGUGA